ACAUCAUCCAUCUCUCUCUCUCUCUCCUCUUAGAGUUAUCUCCCUUGUUGACUUAAACCCGCAGACCCUCUAUAGUUAUAAUCUUUACUCGGUUGGUUGUCAACUACUUACAGUUGUCUCCUAAUCACAUCACAUCUUUCAAGAUGUUGUUUACCAAACCAGUAAUAGGAUUACUUGUUUCAGGGUUCGUUAUAGCGGCAAUUGGUGGUGGUAUGUUCCCACUUUUUAGCUAUAUAUUACGAAAGAAAAUCGAUGAUCAAGUGCCUUUAACCAAUAAUUCAGAGUCAUUCAAUAAUUGGCUCAAACCUCCGAUUCCUGUAUAUUUCCAAGUAUAUGUCUUCAACUACACCAACAGUAAAGCAAUCCAGAAAAAUGGGACAAACCCUGCAGUUACAGAAACUGGCCCAUACACAUACAGGGAACAUAUUGAAAAGGUUGAUGUUGUCCUAAAAAAUGGUACAGUAUCAUAUCGGGAAAAGAAAUACUACAUCUUUGACAAAGAGAAGUCUGUAGGGCCUGAAAGUAAUGUUGUUGUUACACCAAACCUCCCAGUUUUGACUGUGGUCAAUUUUGUAAGAUACACAAAUGCAACUAUACAAGCACUUGUAAAUAUGCUCACAUUUAUGGACAAACCCUUCAAGACGUUGACUGUUGGUGACAUUAUUUGGGGAUAUAAGGAUCCUCUUAUUGCAAGUUUGGCUAAAUAUAUUCCCAAAUCUAUGAAUGUCAGUCUUCCCAAAAAAUUUGGAAUAUUUUAUGGUAAAAACGGCACUGAUGAUGGAAACUACAUAAUUUAUUCUGGAACUAAAAAUGUGAAUGAUCUUGGAAACAUCGAAUCCUGGAAUGGAGUUAGUUCUCUUCCUUAUUGGAACUCUCCAUAUUGUAAUAUGAUUAAUGGAUCAGAUGGUACUCUUUUCUCACCUUUCAAAACCAAAGAUUCCAACAUUUAUAUCUUCUCUACAGAUAUUUGUCGCUCUGUUCACGCAACAUUUGACAAAAAACUGAGAGUACAUGAUAUUCCAGUGUACAGGUACACACCACCUGCUGAUUUGUUUGCUACUGGAGAUGUAGAACCUGCAAAUAAGGGAUUUUGUACUCCAAACUGUUUGCCAUCAGGUCUGUUGAAUGUUAGCAAAUGCCAUCAGGAUGCUCCCAUUGUACUUUCUCAACCUCACUUCUACCAAGCUGAUGAUGCAGUAAUAAAAAAUGUGACUGGUAUAAAACCAGAUCCGGAAAAGCACUCCACUCAACUGGACAUUGAACCAACUACAGGUCUGGGGCUACAUCUUGCAAAACGUCUACAGAUAAAUCUUAUGAUUGAAGCCAUUCCAGAAAUAACAAUAUCUCAGAAAGUAGAUAAAAAACCUCUUCCAGUCCUGUGGAUUGAUGAGAAUGCUAAAGUUGAUACAGAUACUGCUCAGAAGUUCCAAGACGAGGUGGGAACACCAAUGAAAAUAAUGACUGGAGUUAAAUAUGGUCUCCUAAGUCUUGGCAUUUUCCUCAUACUUUUGGCUCUGUUGCUACUGAUGCGUAAUGCAAUUGUAUCUGAAACUAAGCGACAUGGUUACGAACAGAUAUAAGCAUAACAUUAGUGAACCAAUUUUCCCCUUUUACCAAUCUAUUCAAAAAAGUCUCCAGUUCGAAUCACAACUUUAAUGACUUUAUUAUAAGACAGUUGAAUGGUUUAAAAGAAGAACACGUUGUUGUUGUUGUUAUUAUUAUUAUUAUUAUUAUUAUUAUUAUAAAGGUGGCAAGCUGACAGAAUUGUUAGCAUACUGGACGAAAUGCUUAGCGGUAUUUCACCUGUUGCUCCAUUCUAAGUUCAAAUUCCACCAAGGUCAACUUUGCCUUUCAUCCUUUCAGGGUCAAUAAAUUAAGUACCAGUUGAGUACUGGGGCCGAUGUGAUUGACUGUUCCCCUUCCCACAAAAUCCAGGCCGUGUGCCUAUAGUAGAAAUUAUUAUUAUUAUCAUCAUUAUCAUUAUUAUUAUUAUUUUUAUCAAAGCACCAAGCUGUCAGAAUUGUUAGCAUACCAGACAAAAUCCUUAGCAGUAUUUCUUCCAGCUUUAUGUUUUGAGUUCAAAUACCACUGAGAUUGACUUUGCUUUUCAUUUUGUCAGGGGAAAUAAAAUAAGUACUAGUUGAGCACUGGGGUUGAUGUAAUUGACUUUCCCUCCCCUCAAAUUGCUGGCCUUGUGCCAAAAUAAGGAAGAAUUAUCAUUAGCUAAACAAAAUUACAAAUGUGUUCUGAAUUUGAAUUUUGCUAGGGUUGACUUCACCUUUCAUUCUUCUGGGGUUAUCAAGAUAAGAACAAUUAUUAGACCAGACUAGACAUAACCUACUGCUGAUGCAACAAAAUUGAUAUGACCUCUUCAAGAGUUGUGCUCCUGACCAGUUAUUAUUAUUAUUAACCUGGCAAAAUUGUUAGCAUGCUGGACAAAAUGCUUAACAGCAUUUCGUCCACAUAUACUUUCUGAAUUCAAAUUCACUGAGGUUGACUUUGCUUUUCAUCCUUUCAGGGUCGAUAAAAUAAGUACCAUUUGAGCACUGUGUUUGAUGUAAUUGACUAGUCCUCUUUCCCCCAAAUUUCAGGCUUUGUGCCCGUAGCAGAAAGGAUUUUUAUUAUUAUUAAGGCAGUGAGCUGGCUGAAUUGUCAGCAUGCCAGACAAAAUGCUUAGCAACAUUUCAUCUGUCUUUAUGUUCUGAGUUCAAAUUCCAUCAAGGUUGAUUUUGACUUUCAUUCUUUCAGGGUUGAUAAAAUAAGUACCAGUUGAGCACAGGAGUCGAUGUAAUUGACUUCCCUUCCCUUAAAAAAAACCCAGACCUUGUGCCUUUAAUCAAAAGGAUUAUUAUUAUCAAUCAUCAUCAUCAUUAUUAUUGUCAUCAUUAUCAUCAGUCUGAUAGCAGUAACAGUAGAACACAGGACAAAAUAUUUUGCAGUAUUCAAUUAUGUUUCCUUAUAUCUCAAAUUCAAAUCCUGCCAGGGUAGACUUUGCCCUUUCAUUAUUCAUUUCUAUGCUUUGUCUUUUCUGUAAUCUUAGCCCAAGCCCUACUGAAAAGUCUACUUUGACUUUGGUUUCUCUACAAUUUUAUUUUACAAACUUCCCAACAGAAACUUUUGGCACUUUGCAUCUUGAAGUCAAUCAAUUUCAUAAGAUUUAGAAGGACAAGAAAGCAUUGUACAAUAGAACAAGUAAUCAGCCUUUGCUUAGUGAAAUCUAUGACCUGGUUUUGAUUCUCAGCUUCUGCUGGUUAACUUUAUACAACUGGUGCUAAUGUUUGCCUUAAAAAAAAGGCAAUGAAUGUCAUACAAUUUUAUUCCCCUUCCCUAUUCAAGUUGUGGUUUUGAGUAAAUCUGGAGAAAUUGUUGAAAAAUUUUAGUAAUUGUGCAAUACAUAGAUAAUUUAUAUAAAAAUCAAAUUUAUUAUUACAUCGGUCACUUAAUCAAUGUUUUAUUUAUCCCUGGUAAGCAUUGUAGAGCAAGAAAUAAGGUCCCAGGCUGCUGAGUACCACAUUAUAUGGGCCAGCAUAAUCAGUAAGGUAUUGAACAAAGUGCUUUGUAGUAUUUAGCUUCAUCCCUUUACAUUCUGUUCCAGGCCAAGACAAGACGUAUUAGGGCCAAGUCAAGUAUUAGGGUCCAUUUAUACCCUUGCCCUAAAAUUUGUGCUCAUGGUAAAUUUCAAAAUUCUCUUCAUUAUUAUUUAGAUGGUGAAUAGCAAAACCUAUGGAACAACAAACAAAAUGCUCUGCAAUGCUUAACUUCAUUCCUUUACAUUCUAAGUUCAAAUCCUGCUAGGUUCACCUUUGCCUUUCAUCCAGCUCAGGUUGAUAAAAUAAAAUACCAGCCAGUUAUUGAGGCUGAUUUAAUUAACUAAGCCCCUCCCCAUUAAAUUUCUGGCCUUGUGCCCAUAUAAUGAGUGAUUAUAAAUUUUUUGUUAUAGUUUCAUUAAUUUAUUUUCAGAUAUAGUGCCUGGUGCUCUGUAUUUUCUAUUGAAAUUAAUUAAUUACCUUUAUAUCAAUAAAAUUUUAUGAAAUCUUUUAAA